CGGCAAAACUGAGGCAUCUCAUUAAGUUCUCAGAAAAAAUAGAUGGAAAAUGGGUUUAUAGAUUUGCAUCACAUCCUAGAUUUGCUUACUGAGCUUAUAAUAUUUUGUAUCGAAGAAGGAUUCUUGCACAGGGAAAUUUUCUUCUAAAGCAGAACCCAUCAGAAGCCAACCUUACAAUCAAUGACUUAAAAGAAAUGUUACACUCUCAGUCCUAUGAUUCCCCAAUGUCAAAACUCAUGCAUUAUGCUAAAAAUGUGUCUGGAACUAAUGCUUACUGGAAUCGUGCAAAAGAUGAUUUAAAAGCAAUCAUUACUCAAGUCGGAGCUCCAACAAUCUUCUGGACUCUAUCUUGUGCUGAGUUCCAUUGGCCAGAAUUUCAUAACCUCUUUAGCAACAAUGGUGAAACCUCAGAUUCUGAACGCAGAGCAAAUGUCACUAACAAUCCGCAUUUACUUGACUGGUUUUUCACUGAACACACAAAACAAUUUGUUAAUUACUGGCUGAAAAAACACUUGGUGCAACAUGGUAUUGGUUUAGGUAUGAAUAUGCUGUACAACGUGGUUCAAUUCAUUGUCAUGGAGUAGCAAAACUGCAGUCUGAUCCAAAUUUGUCUGAUCUAUCUCAAAUAGCACUUCAAGGAUAUCUUGCUGCACAGUCACUUGCCAAAGAUCAGUUGUCUCAUGAAAUGUCACUUCAAAAACAGAAGGAAGUUAAAGAGGGAUGUGAGGCAGAAAAAGCAAUUUGCGACUAUGUUGAUUUUCUUAUGUCAACUCAAAACCCAUGCAAUGCUGACGAUUGGCUCAAACCUCAAGUUCAUCCUUGUAAAGCACAGUUUGAGCAUAUUAAAACAAAUCAGUGGGAUAAAGAUAACGAAGACCUGUUAAAUUCAGUACAGAGACAUACACAAUGUUCCACAGCAUAUUGUCUGCAUAAAAAAGCAAUGAAAGUGAACUUUCGUGCAGAUUUAAUUUCCCAAAAGAAUGCUGUGAUCAAACACACUUAGAAUAUGAAAAGUUGAAAUCCAAGGAUGGUUUAGAACACUACAAAGUGAAGGUUGUAACAAAACGCAAUGAUAACCGUCUUAAUAAUCACCAGCGACUUCAGCUGCAAGGAUGGCGAGCAAAUUGUGAUAUUCAAGUGAUCAUAGACUAUCAUUCUUGCCUGGAAUACAUUGCAAAAUAUGCAUCUAAAGCUGAGAAAAUAUCAUCUGUUGCAAAAGAGACUUUUACAUCAGUACUUUGUGAAUCUUCGAAUCAAAAUAAUGGUAAAAGCACUUUGAGGAAGUUAAUGAUGAAAGCUGUUGGGCAAAGAGAUAUGAGUAUUCAAGAAGUGAUGCAUCACAUACUUUCAAUCAAACUUGUCAGUUCUUCUUUUCAAGUAAUAACAACAUCCCUUGAUGGAUCUCGCAAAGUACAAUUAACAGCAGAUGGUAGUUUAAACACUGAACCUUCUUUGCUUGACACUUAUGCAGGCAGGGCUAUAUAUGAAACAGAUUUUCCAGGAAUUUCCAAUUGCAAUUUCACAGAGUUUGCCUCUAACUACUUUCAAUCUAAAAAAGGAAUCAAAAAGCGAACUUCUCCUGUUGUGAUUAAGGCUUAUCCUAACUAUUCUUCAAGCCCCAAAGGACCUUCUUAUGGUUUGUUCUGUAGAUACCAGUUACUAAGAUAUAAACCUUGGCAGCAUUCAGUUGAUAAUGCAUGGGGUGACAAAGAAAGAUCUGAUUCUGUUUACAUUGAUAACUGGCACUCUUUUUUACAAACACCAAAUGCAAAACAAUUUGUUCCAAAUUGA